AACUCGCAUUACAGUCACGUUAACAGUCAUUGCCGGCACCGUCCGACGCACAACGCGCGCGUACGUUAUCGUUCGUCGUAAUCGUCGUCCUCGUUUGUCCGUUUCGUCGUUAUCAUCGCGAUUUCGUUGAAAUCGUUUUUUUCCGUUCAAUAAACCUGUAUCGUAGCGUGUGUGCGCGUUGUUAUUAUUAUUGUUAUUUUGUGCAUUUUACCGGAUAAUAAUAAUAAUAAUAAUAAAAUUGUAAUUAAUAUUGUAACGUAACGUGUAACCGAUGGCGCGCCCUUUGGUGCUCGAAAUGUGCGGUGUUAUAUGUGCCUUGCCUAUAAACAUGUGAAAUUAUGUUGACGAUGCAGAUGAUGGACUGCAACGGGAAGCCGCCAACGAUGGCGGCGGCAGACUUGACGUCCACCGAUGGCAACAUUCGCGGUGGACUUGGUCGGGGGGGCACGAUAACGCCGUCUCCGGAACCGGCGGUAGGUUACAUCGGAGGCACGUGGCAUCCUCACGUGUACGGCAAUCCUCCGAGGACGCCGACGGCCCACAAAAUAGCCGACAUCCUGGGCUGGACCAAAACGGCCGCGGUGGACGAUCAGCCGCUGAAUUUGUCCACUGCCGGUCGUACAAGACCAAACGGCACCACUACGGUGCUGGACUUGACCAAAAUCAAACGCAAAGACAUUGUAGUAGCACCUCCUCCGACGAUUUUGAACCACGGACAAGUCUCUCCUCUUCUUCCUACUACUCCAGUGAGGAAGAAGUCCAGAAAGGAUGUGCCUUUAUCAUCGUCCCCGGGCCUUUUGGUGAGUUCUUCGUCGGGCUCGCCGGCGGCCCAGCAAGCCGAGAGCGACGGAGGGCACUCGUCGGACGGUUGCGGAGACCGGAAACGGAAGAAAGCCCGAACGACGUUCACCGGUCGUCAGAUAUUUGAGUUGGAACGACAGUUCGAACUGAAAAAGUACCUUUCGUCGUCCGAACGGUCAGAAAUGGCUAAACUGUUGGGUGUCACCGAAACACAGGUGAAGAUUUGGUUCCAAAAUCGACGGACCAAGUGGAAAAAGCAUGACACGGUGACAACAUCAGAACAGUCAGACCCGUCAACAAUUACUGCCACCUCAGUGGGCUCCAAACAUUCGCCCAAGUCGACUACAGGGGCCAAGUUCCUUAGUGAAGGUGAUGAUCACUCAUCGUUGGAAGAUUCGGAGAGCUGUUAUAGUGGCGUGGACGUUGCUGAGUCUAAAGUAGUGAUUGCUAGGACGCCGGAAUCACUACCUCCCACGUCGCCGCCCGACAAUGACACCACAGUGCGGGCUCCCAGUUAAGCGAUUGAUUUCUACAUCACUUAACUUUAACGACCUAAUUAGUCGAUGAAAAGAAAAUUCACAAUUAGAUGGAAAUGAAGUUACAUUAAUUUUGUUAGUUGUUUUUUUUUUUUUGUUUGUUUAUAUCAUUAUAAUAGUAAUAACCGUACGAAAAAAAAUGCAUGUUGGAUAACAAGCAGUUAGAAUAUUAAAACAUAGUUUUCGAUAAAAUGUGUGAAAGACAUUUGCUCUAAAAGACCAUUUUUGAUUAUACUGUUGAUUCAGUCCGAAAGAAAAAUUCCUAUCACAUCCUUCUCUUCCUGCAAACUCCAAUUCCAUUGUCGCCUAAAGCCUAUACUUCUUUUUUUUAUUACCUGCUCUUUAAUUGUCCACUUCAACAACGAUGUUAUUAUUAUUAUUAAUUUUUUUUUUUGUAAUGCGGUGACGCUAUUUUUUUUUUUUAUGUAAAAAUUGUGUAAUUUUUUUAUACACCAUAACAGGUGAAAUGUACUGAAUAUGUAAACGAAAUGUUGUAAUGUGGUCUUUAGGACUAUUAAUGUAAAAAAAGGUAAUUGUACUUUAUAAUGUUCUCAAAUUAUACUUACUUUUUCGCGUUAUAUUUCUUUAAUUAUUAUUAUUAUUAAUAAUAUAUAUGUGUAGAAUAUGUAUUGUGUAUAAUAUAAUGGAUAAAAUAUUUGUAAAAAAUGAAUGUGUAUAAUAUUUAUAAAACAUUAUUUUCAGUGUGUUAUAUUAUGUUAUUUUUUUUUAAGCCUCCUCGGCAAAUAUAAAGUGAACUAUUAUAAUUGUUG